CAUUCUGUUCCAACCACUCCGGCGAGAAUGUCUUUUUGGCAGAGGUGUUAUUAAAACCGAGCAGCACGUUUUAUGGUUGCCAGCACCAGAGGAAAAAGGGGAGAGAGAGAGAAAAAAAAGAAUUAGCCAGGGUUCCACAGGAGAAUAUGGCCAAUGGCAUUGAGGACCUCAUUGGGAUCCCCUUCCCAAACCACAGCAGCGAAGUCCUCUGUGGACUCAACGAGCAGCGGAACGAUGGCCUUCUCUGCGACGUGAUUCUCCUGGUCCAAGAUCAGGAAUACCGAACCCACAAGUCCGUGCUGGCUGCUUGUAGCCAGUAUUUUAAAAAACUCUUCACGGCCGGCACUUUAGCUGACCAGCCCUACAUCUACGAGAUCGACUUCGUCCAGCCCGAAGCCCUUUCGGCCAUCCUUGAGUUUGCCUACACCUCAACUCUGACCAUCACCACGGCGAACGUCAAGCACAUCCUCAACGCAGCCAAGAUGUUGGAGAUCCAGUGUGUGAUCAACGUCUGCCUCGAAAUAAUACAGCCUGGGGAAGCAGUGGAAGACGGGAAGGAGGAGGAGGAAGAAGAAGAAGAAGAGGAGGAGGAAGAAGAGGAGGAAGAGGAAGAAGAACCAGUUGACUUCGCCAAUCGGAAUCUAUUGGAUGCUCAAGAUCUCAGUUGCCACCAAAGUCCUUCUAAGCCAGACCUUCCUGAGGAACCUUUCCAAGAGGCCACGGAUGUCUUCUCCACCCGUUUCCCAUCCAGCAGCUCCAGUGGUUCCCUUGGGGUCAUCCGAGACUUCUCCAUUGAAUCCCUCUUAAGGGAGAACCUGUAUCCUAAAGUGAGCCUUCCCGAACGCAGGCCGGUCCUGUCUCCCUUCAUGCCGGAGCUCUUCCCCCAUCUAUGGAACGGAGACUUCGGCCCCUUUGCCCCAGUGGAAGAGCCGCAGGUGGACAACACCCCCUUGGACCUGGUGAUCAAGAAGCAGAAGAUCAAGGAAGAGGAGAAGGAGGAGCCCCUGCCCACACCUUUCCCCAACAGCCUCUUCAAGGACGUGUUUGCCAACGCUGCGACAGCCCCCUUUGGGCACAUCAAGGCCGAAAACGAUUACAGCGCCUACCUGAACUUCCUGAGCAACGCCCACUUUGGCCGAGUCUUCCCUCGCUGGCCGGAAGAAAGGAAGAUCAAACCCAAAGCGUCCCAGCAGUGCCCCAUUUGCAACAAAAUCAUCAUGGGGGCCGGGAAGCUCCCACGGCACAUGAGGACCCACACGGGGGAGAAGCCGUACAUGUGCAACAUCUGCGAAGUCCGGUUCACCAGGCAAGACAAGCUGAAGAUCCACAUGCGGAAGCACACAGGGGAAAGGCCGUACCUCUGCAUCCACUGCAGCGCCCGCUUCGUCCACAACUACGACCUGAAGAACCACAUGCGGAUCCACACCGGGAUCCGUCCCUACCAGUGCAAGUUCUGCUACAAGAGCUUCACCCGCUCGGAUCACCUGCACCGCCACAUCAAGCGCCAGAGCUGCCGGAUCUCCCGGCCCCGAAGAGGACGCAAGUCGGCACCCUGGAGAACGGCCAGCUUGCUCUUCGCCCCGACCGGACAACCGGACGACAAGAGCUUCCUGGUGCCCCCAGCAUUGGAAGACAUGAGCGGCCACUUGGGCGGCCCCGGGCUGUGCCUCCCGGGCCCCAGCCCCUUCAUGGAAGCGGCCAAGAAUGGCUUGAACCUGCAGGAACUGGAGAACCAGUUGGAGGAGACCCAGAUGAAGCUCUUUGGGCGGACACACCUGGACCUGGAUCGGAACGGAGGCCUCUUUGCCUUUGCCCUGAGCCACGGCGAGGGCCUCUCGGCGCGGCCGUAUUUCUCCCUCCCGGAUCCCUGGGGCUCGGGGUUCAAUGGACUGGCCGCCCUCAACCCCUUGGCCUCUCUCUCUGAAUCUAGCAACUGAGUUGCCUUCUCUUCGAGGGAUGGGUUGGACCCCGUUCUCCAGGACUGCAUUGGUUCCCAGUCAAGAAGGAAGGACGUAUUUUCCCUUUAUAAAAGGACUGUCUUGAAAAUUAAGCUCCCGUGGGAACUUUUUUUCAAAACACCUCCAAAGACACCUCUUCUUUGCUCCAACAAACGCAGGGAAGAAAAACGGAAUUUCCAGCAGCAGACUUCAAUGUUCUUGGUUUAUUAUCUUUCCAAGUGACUGUUUUACAUCUUAAUUGUUUUGGGGAGGGAGGGUGUCGUUUUGGAUUUUGACUUUUCUUUAUUCUCCUUUUUUUUGGGCUGGUUAUCCAACCCGGAGUCCUUGUAAAAUAUCCAAAGAUUCUGAAGACUGUAAAAAAUCCACAAGAACUGGAUGCAACAAACAAACAAAAUCCCUCUUGCUUUUUUUCCCCUUUUCGGUUACAUUUCCUGAACAAUGGAAUGGGGGAAGGAUGUGGUAGCAAGGGUGGGAAAUCCUUUGAAAUUUUUUCUAUUUAUAACUAUUUUUAUGUGAUUGCUUUACGUAAAGAAAAAGUAAAAAAAAAAAAAACAAGACCACCAGACAGAUCUGCCUUAGAUAAUCAAGGGACAAUCAUCCUUAACUUGGCCCGAAGUUCUAGAUUUUGUGUUUCCUAAAUGGCAAGUAAAUACGCUUUAUGUAUUUAUUGAGCAGUAUUAACUGAUUUUAUUAAAUUAUUGGCCGUCCGCAGGAUGUUUGGUAUGCUUGUUAGUCAAAGCUGGGGAAGAUAAACGUUGUUGUGAGCAGCCAAGUUGUGAAGUACACUUGCCUCUCACAUUCCCGCUUUCUAAGGUGAUGCACUAAGGACCACCUUAACUGGACACCUACACAAAGUGAUGUGUGAAAGGGUGCCGUCCAUGUUCCAAAUUUAAUCCCAUGCACUUAAGCAGAUCUGGGCCCUUCCGUUGGCCAUUCUGAAGGACCUAUACAAUGGGUUGGAGGAAAGCUUUUCCCUUGGACUUCCUUGCCUGAUCUUUUUUUCCAUGGUCAGAGGAACAGUGGGGGUUGAUUGUGGUCCUUGUAGUUAAAAAGUUAAGGUUGAUUGCCCCUGGGUUAUCUUCUCUUGGUUUAUCGGUUAACUGGUUCCUGGAUGGAUUCAUGUUUUGUUUUGUUUUCCUGGUGAAAAGACCAUUACAGACUUUUAUUAAUGCUCUAGCAGUUUCUUGGUCUUUAAUAUAUGGCAACCAGGCCAAAUCUCUGGGGACAGGUUG